UAAACCUAAAAGCGAGGGAGGCUGUAUAGGACUUAUAAAUAACCCCACUCCUGUGUCUGGGUUUCCUAAGAAUCGCCACAUCUUUUUGUUCUACAUUGCCCACAACCACUUGUCCUUCUCUUUUCAUUACAGAUCUCAGUUGCAUCACUGUCCAUGGCCACCAUCACAAGCAUCAAGGCACGCCAGAUCUUCGACAGUCGUGGCAAUCCAACCGUCGAGGUAGAUUUGACAUGCUCGGACGGUACUUUCGCUAGAGCUGCUGUUCCAAGUGGUGCAUCCACUGGGAUUUAUGAGGCCCUUGAAUUAAGAGAUGGAGGAUCUGACUACCUUGGAAAGGGUGUAUCAAAGGCUGUUGGCAAUGUGAACACCAUUAUUGCACCAGCAUUGAUUGGCAAGGAUCCAACUCAGCAGACAGCUAUUGACAAUUUGAUGGUUCAACAACUUGAUGGAACUGUUAAUGAAUGGGGAUGGUGCAAGCAAAAGCUUGGAGCAAAUGCCAUAUUGGCAGUGUCUCUUGCAGUCUGCAAAGCUGGUGCCAGUGUCCUGAAAAUUCCUCUUUACAAGCACAUUGCAAAUCUUGCGGGUAACAAAAAGUUGGUUUUGCCUGUUCCUGCUUUCAAUGUCAUUAAUGGUGGGUCACAUGCAGGAAACAAACUUGCUAUGCAGGAGUUUAUGGUGCUUCCUGUGGGAGCUUCCUCUUUCAAGGAAGCCAUGAAGAUGGGUGUGGAAGUAUAUCACAAUUUGAAGUCUGUGAUUAAGAAGAAAUACGGUCAAGAUGCAGUAAAUGUUGGUGAUGAAGGUGGCUUUGCCCCUAACAUUCAGGAAAACAAGGAAGGUUUGGAAUUGCUGAAAACUGCCAUCGCCAAAGCUGGUUACACAGGCAAAGUUGUCAUUGGAAUGGAUGUUGCAGCAUCUGAAUUCUACAAAGAAGACAAAACAUAUGAUUUGAACUUCAAGGAAGAUAACAAUGACGGAUCACAGAAGAUCUCUGGGGAUGCUUUGAAAGACCUGUACAAGUCAUUUGUGUCAGGGUACCCAAUUGUUUCAAUUGAAGAUCCUUUUGACCAGGAUGACUGGGAACACUAUGCUAAGCUAACUGGUGAGGUUGGAGCCAAUGUACAAAUUGUUGGUGAUGAUCUCUUGGUUACCAAUCCCAAGAGGGUUCAGAAGGCAAUUGAUUCUAAAGCUUGCAAUGCUCUUCUGCUCAAGGUCAAUCAAAUUGGAUCCGUGACUGAGAGUAUUGAAGCUGUCAGGAUGUCCAAAAAAGCUGGUUGGGGUGUCAUGGCAAGUCACCGAAGUGGAGAGACUGAGGAUACCUUCAUUGCUGAUCUUUCAGUUGGUUUGGCAACGGGUCAAAUUAAGACUGGAGCUCCAUGCAGGUCUGAGCGUCUUGCUAAAUAUAACCAGCUCUUGAGAAUUGAGGAGGAGCUUGGUGCGGAAGCAGUGUAUGCUGGAGCAAACUUCCGUACCCCUGUUGAACCCUACUAAGUUUUGAGGUGGAAACAACCCAGAGAUCGACGCGAGUUUGAGCUAUAUAGCAUUUGGCAUCGCGGUUUAUGUUUGUAAUGAAUAAGUUGGUAGUUAGAACAACGUUAGUCUUGUUUUGAAGACUAUUGCAAUAAUUUUGUAGUUCUGUUUUACAGGGCUAAAACAGUUGUGCCCUAAACAAAAGGUUUUUUAGUGAUGCUUAGUUUUAGUACUUGAAACCUACUUUCAAUUUCUUUCCAAUUUUCUUGGGUAUCGCCAAAUAUCGUACUCUUGGCUACAUAAAAUUUUCCAUGAUCCGUGAUAUUCCCAAUG